UCCUAGUUCCCAUGCGUCUCGUUUUUACACAUCCGUGUGCGAUACAGGUAAGAAUAGGAUCGAACGGUACGCCGAAAAUAGUUUAUUAAUUUGAGGGUUUGGUAAGUGUGGGAUCGCCCCGCUUGGUCAAAUAUAAGCCAUGUUUUCUUGAAUAGUAAUUCAUUCUUCUUCUCGACCCCAACUAUCAAACAUCUGUGAAUAUCAAUUCUCAUUCGUAAUGAGUUUCUCCGGAAAAGUGGUGUUAGUAACUGGCGCGAGCUCCGGUAUCGGGGCGGCUACCGCUUUGCUGUUUUCGAAAGAAGGUGCUCAAGUAGCUAUCGUUGGCCGGAAUGAAAAAAAACUGAACAAAGUCAGGCAGAUGUGCGCAGCACUCGACUCAGAUCCACUCGUCAUCAAAGCUGACGUUGCAAACGAGGAAGAAGCAAGCACUAUUAUUCAGCAAACCGUGGACCAUUAUGGGCAAUUAGAUGUUCUUGUAAACAACGCGGGUAUCAUGAGAGCUAUGGCAGUCAGCGAUCCAAACAUACUGCAAGUAUUUGAUGAAGUUAUGAAUACGAAUCUUCGUUCGAUCGUGCAGUUGACUAGCCUUGCUGUAAAUCACCUGGAAGCUACUAAGGGGAACAUCGUGAGCGUGUCAAGUAUUGCUGCUAUGUCUGUGAGUGGGUCUAAUUUCAUGCCAUAUUGCGUGUCAAAGGCAGCCUUGGAUCAGUUCACUCGUUGCGCGGCCUUGGACCUGGCACCCUUAGGGAUAAGGGUCAACACUGUCAACCCUGGGCCGGUGAAGACAGACAUUAUUGAAAAUUCUGGUUUGGCGCCGCCAGGUGCUGAUGAGGUUGUGUGGGAAGUGAUGAAGAAAUCAACGGCUUUGGGAAGAGUAAGUGAUCCAGAAGAGAUCGCGGAAAUAAUAGCAUUUUUGGCGAGCGACAAAGCGAGAGGAGUCACCGGGUCAAGCUAUGUCUCUGAUAACGGCGGUUUGAUCAAUCGUCAGCUUCUUGGAUAAAAAGUAAAUUAAAUAGACAAACAUCAUAUUGA